GCACAAUGAUGGCGUCACAGACAACCUGCCUGCCGGAGGACGCAGGAAACUAAUCUGUGAUUGUGAAGCGUUUUCAUGGAUUAAACGUGAACCGGUGAAUACGUGUAGCAACCGACUGUCGAGCCAUCACCGACUUAAGCCUGUAUCCGCUGCAGGAUAUACAUUAUUUAGCUGGAGUACGACCUUAACCGGCUAGCAAAAGCACUAGCUGCGCUUCAUUGGGUCUCUUGUUUACACGUUUGCUUCAGCUAAUGCUAGCUAGCGUACGUCAAAACAAUGACCGCGGUGCUCGUUUACAACCUGUUUUCUUUAAGCUAGCUUGAAGUAGACCAUGUUUAUAGUAUUUUACUGUGCAGACUGGAUUUCUGCCUUGCACCACAUUGGAUGUUAUCACUGCAUACAGCAGUAGAAGCGUGAGCCUUCGAAAUACAAUAAAUAAAGCUUUAAGAUAUAUAAACUAUCAGGAGAUUGGAUUUUAAAUGAAAGUCAAUGGCCGAAAUCAAGCGUAGAUAUGUAGUAGCUUGUCAGCAUGGCAGCUCUUAGGUGCCAGGGCAGAGGAGCAUUCAGCGGCGGGCACAUCGUUCCCCGGCGGCUGCCUGCGGAGGCCGGGCGCAGAGCUAAACAGCGCGGUGACUCGAUCGUUGGCAGCAAAGCUCCGCCGGGGAGGCUGCUGGCGAUGGAGUCGGUCCGGAGCGCCUUCCACGCACAGCUGGCCACCGUCAUGGACUCCCUGCUGGCCGCCGCCGUGUGCGAGAUCGCCAAGAUCUUCGAGGGCAGCCUGUGUGGGCAGCAGGCGGAGCUGGUGCAGAAGACCGAGGAGAUCUCCAUCCUCCGAGGCAAGCUGGAGAAGGUGGAGAGGAGGCAGCGGGCGAAGGGCGGCCCCGGUGAGGAAGAGGAGAUGCCAGCGGCGGAGAGAGAGGGCAGCACGAGGCAGCAGACCCAGACAGGAUCAGGACUGAAUGUGGGGAAGGAUGUGACUUCUCACCCAGACCCAGUAGAAGAGCUCAGUCAGAGCCUCAGUGGACUGAAAGAGGAGGUGACAUGCCAGGAAGGAGCUUCAGUAAAACAUGAGCGUGCUGGUUCAGGGCCUAGCCUGGAGUCUAUCGCAGUUCAAACUGUGGAGGGAAGCCAUGCUGCUGGGGACCAGAGCAAGAUUGAUACUUUGUCUAUCACACAAGCCAAGUCCAAAUUGUCUCAUUGGGACCACGGCAGUCGCAGUGCAGACCACAGACCCCUUCAGGAUCAAGCCUCCACCCCGUUUCUCUCCAUCUCCCAGAGUGGACGUUGCUCUCCCAGACCUGACCAAGGCUUAGCUCAACCAGGGGAUUGGUUACCAGCGUUGGAUGCCCCUCGAGGUAGGAUGCCCGGUCUAGAGAAUCUGCAGGCAGAUGGCACCAGCUGCCCUGGGCCAGCUAGCAGCAGUACUGGCACUGACGCAUCUUGCUUCCGACCUGGUUUUGGCUCUGACGAGACCAGCAAUGAAGAUGACAGUGGUUCUUUCCCUUUCCUGGACCAGGAGCCUGAGGACCAGAACCCCAGUCAGAACUCCGUGCAGGGUCAGGGUGUCGGGCAGAGGGAGGCUCAGCAGGAUCAACCCCCAGCUCCCACUGGCGAAUCCCCAUGGAGACUCAGAGAUGACCGGGCUGGGAGAGGCACCAUCCAUCAUACACGGCGAGCGACAGCAUUGGGCAGCAGAGACCCUCUUAGACCACAGUCCAACUCGCAGUCACUCACAUUACGGCACACAAGUGCCCUCAGCCACCCUCCAGCUCCUGGUGGAGGGAAUGGACGACCGUACACAUGUCCAUACUGUGCCAAGUGCUUUACAUACCCCUCCCACCAGCGCAGGCACCUUUUGCGCCACACGGGGGUCCGACUGCAUCCUUGUCAGUUUUGUGAAAAGAGCUUCCUCACUCCCUCCGAGCUGACAGUUCACACUCGCACACACACAGGGGAGCGGCCUUUUGGCUGCGCUCAGUGCGGUAAACGCUUUGCCCGCAGCGGGAACUUGAGGGCCCACCAACGGGAUGUUCACAUGGGCAAGAGGCCCUUCGCUUGCACAGAGUGUGGGAAGAGAUUCGCUCACAGGGGGAACCUGAGGGUGCACAAUCACAGAGUCCACCAAGGAGAUCCCUACUACAUGGAAGACCAGCAGGAGCCUGACAUAGGCCAGAAUCCCAUCUGAGAAGAUCAUAAGAAAAAGAUUGUUCUGCACUUUAAUUUUGUUGUCAAACCCGAGGAGCCUGUUUCAGGGCUACCCAUUGAGUCCCACCUGAAUUUUUCAAUGAACACCUAAAACCGCUUGAAAGUAUUUAAGAAUUUUGUUUUGUUGUUUU